UUUUCCAAUAAUCAUUCUAUUAGUGUAUUAACUAGAGCAGGUUCUUUUAUUUAAUACUUAAUAGAACCAUUAUCACAUCAAAGAGAUUACCAAUUACUAGCGAAUCUCUUAAUAUUAAUAAUAAUAUUAUUAUUAUUAUUCCUUUGUUUAUUUAUUCCUUUUAGUUUCAUAAGUCAGUAACCAACUUCAAGAUGGUUGCUAUUAUUAAUUAAAUUAUUAACCAAUCCGGUUUUAUCUUUAGUUGUUUAGAAGGGAGUUUUAUGAUAGUUUAACUUAUUUUUAAAUUAUAAUUGUUAUUUUAUUUUUAUUAUAAUCUCCUGGUUUCCUGUUUAUCAUUCCAUUUGUCAUCACCUGUACCCAAUUACGUCACACCUGUUAUAUCUCCCAUUUAUUUAUCAUUGAACUUAUUCAUUUAAGUACUUUUCUUAUAUAAAUUCUUAAAUUAUAUUAUUUAAAAUGGCUGCAACUCCUCAAUCUCCAAAGUUGACAGUCAAUUCAAACCUUGAAUUAACUUCAAGUGAUUCAUCCUACUUAACUCCACCACCAACCUCAACCAAUUCACCACUUUCAACAUCCAAACAAGUAUUAUCACCCAAUCAUUUUCAAUAUUAUACUAAUCAUCUUAAUAAAUCUCAAUUUAAUUCAAUUCUUAUUAAUUGUGCUGCUAAUUUAAUUAAAAUCUUAUACAAAGAUGAGGUCAAUGAAAAAGAUUUUAAAUUUUUUAUUGUUGAAAUCAUUAGAAGAUCAAAAACUUCAAUUCAAUCAUUACAAUUAACAUGUUUUUAUUUAGUUAAAUUAAUUCAAAAACAAGUUAAUUUAACUCAAUAUCCAAUUUUAAAAGAUUCUAAGAAAUUAUUUCUUGGAUUAAUUAUUAUUGCAUCUAAAUUUAAUCAAGAUCAUAAUUAUUCAUUUAAAUCUUGGUUAAAAAUUUGUGGUAUUAAAGUUGAAGAUUUACAAGCAAAUGUUAAGAUUUUAAAAGAAGUUGAAGUUAAAUGUCUUGGAUUAUUAAAUUAUGAAUUAUAUAUUAAUGGAUUAGUUUAUGAAAAUUGGUGUAAUAUUUUAAUCAUAUUUGGUUAUGAUUUCAUUAAAUAUCAAUUUAUUACUAACAAUAAAGUUUCAAUUUCUCAUGAAAAUAAUAAUAAUGAAGAAGAUGAAGAAAAUCAAAUUAUUUGGGAAUUAAAUCAAUCAAUUAUUAAAAUGAAACUUUCUAAAUGGAUUAAAUUCUUUAUGAAUUUAAAUACAUCUAAUUUAAAUCUUAUUAAGAUUAAUUUUAAUAAUUAUUAUUUAAAUCAAUUAAAUAAAAAGAUUUUUGUUAAAUCAAAAGAAGAAUCUGAAUCUAUUCCUUCAUUAUUUGCUAGUAUUUCAACUCCUACAAUUUCUAGAAAGAGAAGUUGUGGUGAUGAAAUUAUUUUUAAUGAAACCACUAAUCCUAAAAAGGUAAGAUUAUAAUAAUUACCUUAAUUUUAACUUAACUCUAUGUAUAGUAUUUCAUAUUUUAUAUGUAUUUUGCAAUA